AUGCUGUUAGAAUUCAAAGUCGCACUCGAACAAAUGGGCAUAGACGCGGUGAAAAAACGACUUUUGGAUCCUCGGGAGGUCAUCGCUGGUGAUCGGGAGUCUUUGAACUUUAGCGUCGAGCCUAGAAACGAUAUGGAAGAAGCAGAAUUAUUUCAAAAAGCUCAAGUUUUAGCACAAAUGAAUACAGCAACAUCUUCGGGAAUGAUAGCUAAGGUCAGAUUUUAUCCAUCUUUCUCAGCAUCUCGACGCCCUUUCCUCUUGUAUUUCAUGGGAAAGGGUUCGAGAUGAGGGAACCGAGAUGCAUAAAAGCUCUAUCUAAAAAGUAGAUAGAGGGCAAGGCUACUGGUCCACGAACGCAGAUGAGAGAAGAACGCAUGCGCGCAGGGUGUAUUCCCAGUGUGAAACUUUCCUUAC